CUGAUUUCUGAAGCGACCACUGUCCGUAGCAGAUAUCGGUGUAUAUUAACCAAGAGACGCCCAUUCAGCAGGGCUCUGGAGAAGAGUGAACAGCGCCGAUUUUUAAAGGUCACAGAUCCCGCAGUGCAAAAUUUUAAACUACAUACUCCACAAUGGAACGGGUGCAGUAUUCUUCGUAUCCGCAAUCAUUUUCUCAACUGGUCAAAGCUUAUAAGAUUCUGGCUUCCUUGAUUGAAAGUAUCGAAGAUACAGUGGUACGGAAUCAUACCGUCAUAACACCAGAUCUUCUGAGUUUACCGCCUCCUCUACCCGUAAUCGGUCAUCGGAGCUGCAUUAUGAGCGAUCCCGGCGAUGAUAACGCUUUACCGCCUCCGUUGGCCGAUGGCUCUGUUAGCGGUUCUCCUAAUGGAUGGUCAAGCAAAAACAAUAUGGCAGCGAUCUCCCGCUUUAAUGACAAGAAGGCUAUGGUGGCAGUUGAAAUGGACAAAAUCACCAAAAGAACAACACGCACUUCAAGUCGACAGGCAAGGAGUCCGGCAUGCCUGUUACUGGAUCACGUUUACUCCCAUCUCCAUCGACCACUGGAUCAUAAUCGGAAAUAUCAACCGGAACGUCAACAAGAAGGCGCCGGUACAACCAGCAAGCCACGAAGGCACCCGACCUCACAAGACGUCACCCGCUUCCGGUGGUGUUCAUCUCCCGAAUAUCCGCCACCGAAUCAGGGUUCACAGGGAGCAAUGCAAGAAGAGCAGAUGCAAAUUUCCACCAUGCAUUUUUCAGAUGAGGGAUCGCUCAAUGAAUGUAGUUCCUCGUCUUCAUCAGCAGAUUAUCUUCCACCACGGAAGAAGAAUAGAAUACCGAGAGGUAUACGUAGCGAUCAUGACCUUCGUGACACCGGUCUGCCAAAAAGUUACCAACCACGCCCGGCAAAAUCUCCAGUCCAAAAUGGUGGCAGCGUUGACGAGGAGUGGAACGAGAUGGAAAUGGAAUCUUCGGUUUCUUUGAAUGGGUCAUCCCAAAGUGCACACGCCACCACUAGCCCCUCCGUGGCACUUUCAGAGAGACUGGCGUUUUUAUCGCCGGAGGAUGCCGAAUCCGUUGUAGACUCCGAAAACAAUAAUUCGCAUCCGCAGGAUUCGGUGCUCAGCCGUACAAGAAGCUCCCAUGUCGAAGAGUUUUUUAAAGAUUGUGAAAAAGUGUGUGUUCGCCCGAGAAGUGGUUUAUAUGGUGUCCAGCUGGGCUGGAAGGUGGACAGCAUUGAUGCCGUAUGUCUGCCAAUAUCAGCGCAAUCACAAGAUUCACAACCCGACUUGCUCAUCCGAUACCAAAGAAACUCCACGGGAAAUGUGUAUAUCGAACGAGUACCCGCAUCCAUUGCCAAAAAACACGUUUCCGCCGUGCACAAGACCAGGAUAACCAAUCUCAUAAAUGCGGCGCACACCAUAUCGCCGGACGACACCGCGUACCGAAUUCUUGAAAGUGACUACAUUAUUCUGUGAUGAUAUGCCCAGUUUAGCGUCCUGCUGAUAAAUGGCGCAAAAUCCAAAGAAUUUGUCUGCAUUUUUUCUUUUAAAUGAUCAUUUUUUUGGAUGUAGCUGAGACUUGAGAGUAAUUACAAUUUCGAUUAAAAUAAUAAAGUCAAUAAAACAGUUUGAUUUCCGCGUCAAAACGUGCCGAACAUAUCAACAAACGGAUUAGUGGAACAAAAUGAGAAAAAUAAAUUACAAGAAAAACAACAUUAUUUCGCCCAAUGAUCAGCGCAACGAGAUCCACAAGCACUUUUUAUAUCAGACACAUUUCUAACAAAUACCCGUAUUAUUUCAUUCCGUUUCGUGAGUCUCACUGGUCGUUGAUACGACGGAUUCGUUGUCGUUUGUAUUCCAUUCCGACACCACAAUGGCCACCGUCGUCGACAUUGCGCAUUCCGCCGACGUUUCCACGGGGAACGACGUGGACGGUGUCUGGUCGGAAUCGGGUUCGUUCAGUCCCAGGGUGAAGUGCGCCGGAUGCAGGGGACUGCUGACCUUCAUGGUCAACGGUCCCGGGAUUUCCGGCAGCGGCGGAAGAGGGAUCUUCUCACCCGCGUGUGCAAU